AAAACUCGAAAUGCGUAUUAAGGUUAUAAAAUACUGUGUAAUAUUGUAGCAAUGAAUGCGUUGUACAGUACGUCGCCUGCUCCAAUGCAGUGGGAGGCAGUGUGCUCAUAUUAGGUCCUAUGAAGAUAUAUCGCUAUAACGACAGACGGACCGUGGAGGAUAGGCCAGUAAAGACAAUUUCUUGCACUGUUUUGAUUACGAGGCGACGACCAAAAAGAGCGGUGCAUUGUCCGCGGUCCGUAGUUCACUAUGGCCCAGAAUCAGGUGAUCCUGCAGUUCCACUUUGCUACAUAUGGUGACUCCAUGCUGCAGAAAAUGGACCUUCUUCGGCACCAGCGACGCUUCUGUGAUGUGACUGUGCGCAUCAACCAGCUUAAAGUCCCUGGUCAUAAGGUUGUGUUUGCUGCGGGUUCAUCUUUCCUCAGAGACCAGUUCAUCCUUCAGCAGGACUCCAAUGAAGUGCAGAUCUCCAUGAUCCAGGAGGCAAAGGUCGGCCAGCAGCUGCUGCUUUCCUGCUACACGGGCCAACUGGAGUUUCCUGAAUUAGAGCUGGUCAACUACCUGACGGUGGCCAGCUUCCUCCAAAUGGGCCACAUUGUGGAGCAGUGUACUCAAGCCUUAAACAAGUUCAUCAAGCCACAGCCGUCACCCAAGAUGGAAGUCGAUGUUGAGAUGAAAAGAGUGAGCAGAGAGGACAGAUUGUGCUCCCAGGCUUUGAGAGAACAGGAGCACUUCCAGGUGAAGACUGUCCAGGAGGUAGAGAGGGUGGAGCAGGUGGAGGACAUUAGUACUGAUGAUGAUGAUGAUGAUGAUGAUGUCAUUAUACAGCCCAAGUCUCCUCCUCACACGUCCGAUUUGCAUCCCGUGCAGGAAGUGGAAGAGAGUGACAUCAGCAUAGUAAAGGUGGAGUCUGUGGAGUCCACCUUCCCUACAAGCUCUCCGGCUGCCCUACACUCACCCGAGCCCCAACACUCACUCAUCAAUUCCACUGUUGACAGCCGUGGGAGUGAAAUGAUGGCACCCCCGAGCAUGCCAGGCUACCCCUUUCGCCCUCCUUCUCCGUCCAACCCUGCUGAAAAACAGAAGAACUACGACAAACCCCUCCAGUGGUACCACCAGUGUCCCAAGUGCAGCCGCGUCUUCCGGCAGCUUGAGAAGUAUGCCAACCACCUCAAGAUGCACAAGCUCUUCAUGUGCCUCUUGUGUGGAAAGACCUUCACGCAAAAGGGGAACCUACACCGACACAUGCGGGUCCAUGCGGGGAUCAAACCCUUCCAGUGUAAGAUCUGUGGGAAGACCUUCACCCAGAAGUGCUCCUUACUAGAUCACCUGAACCUGCACAGCGGGGACAAGCCUCACCGCUGUAACUACUGUGACAUGAUGUUCGCUCACAAACCUGUUCUCCGCAAGCACCUCAAGCAGAUCCACGGCAAGAACAGUUUUGACAACGCAAACGAAGGCAAUUUGCAUGAUGGCGGGCCUGAAGAGAACGACGCCAGUGGACCGUUUAUCAGUCAGUCUAACAAUUAUGAGACAGACUUCAGGUACAAUUUGAGGCACUGUCCGAAUGAGACUGUAUAAAUAAAUCAAAUGUAGGUGACCCAAGGAUGAGCAGAGACUACCACCGUAGAAAUGCCCAAUUUAAAAGUAUGGGCUGUGUAUUGUUGCCCCCUUUUUGGGGACGAUCCAUUUCUACUCUUAAGAUCGACCGCACUCUUGGACUAAAUGGUACCAUUGGAGACACCACACGUUUUUGUGGUAACUGGAGGCGCAGCGACACCAUUGGAAAGUAAAUGUCAUCAGUUGUCAAUGAACUAUACAAUAUUGCACAGUAGAAGAUACUCACAUUGAGGCUGUUGGCCAAUGCACAGUUGUACUAUACGGUCAUGUCUGGAACCAAUUCACCGCGAUAAACCAGGGAAAACUGUAUUACGUAUUUACCAUGUAUCUUAGGGUACUGGGGUGGUGUGACAAAUGGAUUACAGUAGAUCCCCGCUUUUUGCUGGUGCUACUUUCCGGGACGAAAAAACCUAGAGGAAAUAGAAAUAUCUAUUUUUACAUGCGGCUUGCUCCCCACAGUCCAGACCCUCCUGCUAGCUUGAUGUUUACCUUCUCCUCCGAUUUCAAAUCAACAUUUACAGUAAAAGUGACUUACAAUGAUUAGAUUCAGCUCCAACAACCUGCCCUUUGUCUUCAAUUACCAUUGCUCACUCGCAACACAAUCCAGGUUUAAGCCCUAAAUAUGCCUCACACACUUCUCAAACAAAUUUAAAAUCUAAAAUGUAUAGGUACUCCCCACUAAUGAAUGAUAAUGCCAGAUGAUGCAUGAACAGAUGUAAUCGGCGGCACAGUCACUAGCAGGCUAGAGAAGGUGUUGCUCCAAGUUGCGUCUACAUAAUCCACACUGUUUACCUGUUGUAAUUCCGGGAACGAUUUACAGUACCAUCAUAUAUUAACUUGUGUUGACAUCGCUGCAAGUUCUGAGGCCUGACUGACUGUCGAAGCCAGUGCUUCUGUGGCCAAACAAACUCUUGUGUCUCACAGCACACAAUUAUGGUGCGUUCCAGGACCACCGAACAAACUGCAAGCUCUCAGCGCUUGAUGGAAAACAUUAUCAGUGAAGCAUAAAUACAUAAACAUGUAAAAAUUGUGGGCUUUCUAACAGUGGUACAUGUAUGCUGUACAUUUUACCUGUAUUGUUGCAUAUUUAUACAUCAUUACCGAUGGUGAAUGAGAUGUGUUUUUGCGGAUAAAACAGCCUAUUUUGGGGGGGAAAAAAUACAUAUAUAAGUUUUUGGACCAAAAAUCUGUGAAUUUGCGCGGCUUUGAAUGCUGAAUCGAAUAAUUGAAGCACGCUCUCCUUUGUAAGACUAGGGGAAUAUUGUAAAAAUUUGUAAGUACAUAAAAUAUCUUCAAGCCAACACGAGCACUGUGCUGUCUUCAACGAACUAUGCCCGAAGUGCAGCCCGGUGGCGAUUUUUGGCCCACAAUUUGUUUUUUAAUGGCCCUCUGUAUUUUGUAAAAAUAAAAUAAAUGCAUUAUUAAUUGGAUAUCCUAUUAGAUAUUACACUGAUUUGCUUUGUUGGCGUACACUGAAUUGGUUUUAGCAUCUUUAAUGUACAAAAUGUAUCAAAGUGCCCGCACCCCCACAUCCUUCGUUUUUUCUGUAUGCGGAAGUUUGGACACCCGUGCAGUAAAGUUUGCUGUCUGGCAGCAAUCAGCAGGCACAGCUGAUUCAGUCAUAGAUGUUAGCCGAGAUGCCAAAAAUGUAGAUUUUAUCUUCAGCCUUCAUGAUUCAUCGCACGGUAGCAUUACAAAGACUUUCCAUAAAGUGACACUGCUAACAUGUACAGCACAGAAAUAUAACCUGUUUUGGUAGUGUACAUUUGUGUCCCAGCUCUUCUGUAACGAGGUUUUAUCACUGUGGACUUAUUUCACUGUAAUGUACAGUAUUGUAGAUGCCUUCAUAUUGCACUAGACCGCUCAGUGCUGAAACGGACGUUGUGCUGAAUGUGUGUAACUGAAAAUCCUGUCAGUUUUUCCAACUUUGUCCAAUGGAUAACUGACAAUGAAAACCUUAUUUUGUGUGUGUAUGUACAGGUAUAUAAUAUACGGUCUUAAGUGUAAAAGUAUAAUGUAUGGAAACAUUAAAAACCAGGUGGUUGAUAAAUACAAAAGAUUUUCCCACCAAAAAUUAAGUUUUUCAUUUCAGAAAACCCUGGAAAACCAUUGAACAGAACACAGUGAUUUCACCACUAUGACAUUCCAUAUUCUGUCUAUUGUUCAUUCAAAAUGUAUGGUAAUUACUGUUAUCGCGUAGUAACAAUAAAUAUCUACAUUACAGUGUUUCAAUGGGAGAAGUAUUACUGUUGUUGUGGGAAAAAAAAUCAAGAGUUGCUUUCAGCUUCAGCUUUCAGCUUCCAACUCUUAUACCACAUCACAUGUAAAUUAAUUACAUCAUAAACGAAGCCAAACAUCACUGGAGAUGGUGUGUUUAGGGAGAGAGGUCACAUCAAAAUGUAGUGUUUUGGUGUUAAGACAUGUUUCCAGGACCCUCUACUGGCUGUUACUAAUACACAUUCUUACAUAUAAGCAUGGUUGAGUGAAUUUGGCGUGGAAGAACUUGACUGAAGCCCUGAGCGCACACACCGCCUCCAAGAAUGUUGCUUCUGUGCGUGACCUCAUAAAUACAAUGCUGCAUGGGCAAAAUUCCCGCAGACACACCUUUAUUACACCGAAUUAUGCUAAGAAAAGUGGAAGCUGUUUGAAAUGUAUGGACAUAAAUGUGCAAAUAUUCGGAUACUGUAAUUGUGAUGGAAAGGUUUUCACAUUUUACCCGUAUAAUUGUCAUGUAACGGGUGUGGCGAUGACCCCAAGAUGCAGAGACGAGAACCCAGUGCAGGCAAAAGUCCGUCAUUUAACUCAAAAGCAGAGCAGAAAAAAGGGAAACUUGCAGAGCUCAUGGCAAAAACACACACCGAAGGCGCGAGACAUCAACAAGCAAGCAUGCAAAAAAUGAACCCAUUAUUCAUUCACUCCUCUGGUGGUGGUUAUCUACAUCUGUAUCUACAUCUGCCCUGGGGUAGACUGACGUAAACGUGGCUGCCAAUUCGCGCCUACAGCUUCUCCGACCACUACCAAACAUUCAUUCACAUUCAUACAACAGUGUGGACAGCAUUGGAGGCAAGGUGGGUGAAGUGUCUUGCCCAAGGACACAUGACAGUGAUUGGCGGGAACCUUCUGGUUUCUGGACAACCUGCUCUACCUCCUGAGCCACUUCCGCCCACCAAA